AAUUAAUAAUUAAGAGGGAAAACAACUCUAGAUGAAAUCGACAUGUCAUAAAUGGUGACUAUUUAUAAUUAUUCAUAAUGAGUAAGCGUCACAACGGAAUCGUUGCUCAAAACGCGAGGUCGAUACCAGCAGGUUUUGGCUGCUGAGGUAAUAAAAUGAUAAUUAUUGUAACCGCCGAGCAUUUUACCAAACACAAAUAAAACACUGCUAUUUAUACUGGCAAAAUGACUGGGAUCCUUGUUCGCUUCAUGCUAUCGAGGGUCGCAUGAACCACCAGCAUGUGUGCGCCAUGUCGAAAGCACGUUAAAUAGCGAUGUCAUUGUCUUACUAACUCCAUAUACAUGUACCGCCAAACGUAUAUCUAUAGCGAACUUUGGGUCCAAUUUUCGUCGGCCUGAAAAUUGGCGGGGAAAGCCCGUCAAGGUUAAAGCGACAAUUUGCAGGAGGCUUAGACAGUGUCGGACUCGGACAUCGUGGACGAAACCUCCAAGAGAAUAAUGAGUUUUUUCUCCUCUUUGUUGAAACGCAAUGAAAAAGCUGGGGGCGGAGACGAGGCCCCUGUUUUCAUCGAGAACGGGGACGCGCUGUCUACGGAGACCGGCCAAUCAGCAAGCACCAAGACCACGGGUGCCAUAGCAACGGCUCGGAGCCCCGCCCCAAGCCCGUCGGCCACGCCCAGGAGCAGUGCGGUCGGGCUUUCAUUGGCCAGUGCCUUCAAGAAAAUCACGACGGGCGAUCUCUUGACUGAGCUGCACCCGAGUAACCAUGGUGUUGCUGCCGGUACGGACGAACCGGAUGCAGGCAGCAAGUCACCGUCGGUGAGCGUGGUGAUCGUCGGGGCGGGGCUGGCGGGGCUGGCCGCGGCGCACAGUCUCCGCUGCGCUAAUCAGGGAAUCUCGCUCCUCGUACUGGAAUCUAGCGACCGAGUUGGAAGCCGAAUAGUUACCCGAGAUUUGGAGUCGAGUAACGGUAGGGACUUCUGGGAUCUCGGCGCUCAGUGGAUAAGCGGCUCACAGAUCCACAUGAUGCAGCUUGUGGAUCAGCUGGACUUACAGAUGUACACCCAGACCGACGCGGGCACACACUUGGCCCACUUCGAUGACGGCAGGAAGGUUGCCUUCGAAGCGCUUACUCAUCCUUUUUCAUCCAUGACUAAACUGGACUACACCACGUUUAUAUCAAAGGUGGAGAAACUCCGACUGGAGGUAUCCCUAGAGAAUCCCGAAGACUGUCCCAUGGCCCGCGAGUGGGACUCCGUGACCCUGGAACAGUUCCGCAAACAGCACAUCUGGACUGCAGCUGCUCAGCAGUACUUCGAUGCUCAGAUCAAGCUUGUGUUUGGGGUCCCGCCUUCCGAGAUGUCUACGCUCUUCUUCCUGUUCGUAAUCAGCAGCGCCGGCGGGUGGCACUCCUUGUUCGAGAUGGGCAGCGAGACAGCUCGGGAAUUCCGAAUAAAGGGUGGCACACAGCGGGUUUGUGAGAUCCUGGCGGACAAGAUCAACCGUUCUUACCUGAAGCUUGGCGACCCCGUUGUGUCCAUCAACCAGAGUGACUCGGAGCUGGUCACGGUACAAACCCUGAGCGGCAAGCGGUACCGGUGCGAGAGAGUCAUCGUUGCCCUACCGCCAAAAUACACAGCCAAGAUCAAUUUCUCUCCACCGAUGACCAUGGAGCGGGAUGGUCUGUUACAGCGGAUGCCUUCUGGGAAUUCCCUCUACUUUGUCGUCACCUACAAAGAGGCGUUUUGGCAGAAGCAGGGAUUCAGCGGUUACGUCAUCCGAGUGACGUCAUCUGCCAACAAGCCAUCUCAAAGUGAGGCUGAGACGACUGAGAACGGCGCCGGCCCCCAGAUACCAUUCACUGCUCUGUUUGACGCAACGACCAUGGACCAGAGCCCAGCUCUGUCCGGGAAGGUGGAGGCAACGAAAUGGAGACAGAUUCCUAUUGAGGAGAGGAAGGUGGCCAUACUCAAAGGCAUCGAGUUCUACUUUGGUGUAGAGGCAAUGGAGCCUUUAGACUACGCAGAAGUGGACUGGGGCACAGAAUCGUUCUGUUCCAGCUACCCAUCUUGUGUCUUCGCUCCCGGGGCAAUCACCGGCUACUUCCAGGCACUCAAAACGCCAUUUCAGAGGGUUCACUGGGCAGGCGAAGAAACGACCGUCCGGUGGUUUGGCUUCAUGGACGGCGCAGUGUAUUCUGGGAAGAGGGCCGCUCAGGAGGUACUGAAUGAGCUUAGACCGGAUGUAGUGGUUGGUGUUUAAAAGCCGCCCCCCCCCCCCCUUCAUAACAUCUCUAGCCCCGCCUUUUCGCACUACAUCGAUUGUUAUAUCCAGAAAUAUUUAAAGGAAACAUGCCAUAAAACGUUUAUGAAAGUUAAAUACAUUUACUAAAACAGCUUUCUUGCCAUAUGUUACUGCGAUUUUCCACCUCCGUUUCAGCAGUGAAAGGGAGAAAUGUCAACACUUUUAGCCUUUAUGCUAAUGAAAAUUUCCAUAUUCAUGAGCCAAUGCAUGAUAUACGGUAAUUCAAGGCAGAACAGAAGUGUCUCAUAUAGCUCUGUGUAUAAAUGUAUAUCAAACUUUUCUUCACUUUCUUGGAGUAAGUUCCAGUUUUUACUCGUUUAUCACGUUAAACAGCUUGUUUGGAUAAUAGUAGGCCUGGUAGCCAAUAUUUCUUCUUAACUUUUUUUGUGGGUAAUUUUUGAAGGACUUAUUUUUGUACUGUUCAUAUAUGCACUUUUGACAAUUGACAAAAGCAAAAUAGCGCCCUUUUACAUGUCUUGAUGAAAGGAUUUGCUAAUAAUUGCACAAUUAUCAUUUUUUGUCACUUUCAACGCAAACAAGUAUUAAGAUCUUGUAUAUAUUGUUGCAACGCAUAGUAAUGUGCAUGAAAACAAGAUGAGCUGAAUUUCCA